AUGACUAAAAUAUUGGCUGCUGUCGAGUCUACCAUAGCUCGAUACUCGGGAGGCUGCUCAUCGAAGAAGAAGAACAGUAACUGUAAGAAAAAGGAUCCGUGCAAGAAACCUGAGCCGUGCAAGCCAGCUCCCUGCCCAAAACCUGAUCCGUGCAAGCAACCACCGCCUUGUCCUCCAAAACCACCUCCGUGUCCAAAACCUGAUCCGUGCAAGAAACCAGAUCCGUGUCCAAAACCAGAUCCCUGUGCAAAACCAGAUCCCUGUCCAAAACCUGAUCCUUGCAAGAAACCAGACCCUUGUCCUCCAAAACCACCUCCGUGUCCAAAACCAGAUCCCUGUCCAAAACCAGAUCCCUGUCCAAAACCAGAUCCUUGUCCAAAACCAGAUCCCUGUCCAAAACCUGAUCCAUGCAAGAAACCAGAUCCCUGUCCAAAACCUGAUCCAUGCAAGAAACCAGAUCCCUGUCCAAAACCUGAUCCUUGCAAGAAACCAGAUCCCUGCCCAAAACCUGAUCCAUGCAAGAAACCAGAUCCUUGUCCCAAACCAGAUCCCUGUCCAAAACCUGAUCCAUGCAAGAAGCCAGAUCCUUGUCCAAAACCUGACCCGUGCAAGAAACCUGAUCCCUGCCCAAAACCAAAUCCCUGUCCAAAACCAGAUCCCUGUCCAAAACCAGAUCCCUGUCCAAAGUGUUAG